AUGCAUCCAAAGCCGCAGACCUCGAUGGAAUACCAAUACCUCGGAAAGAGCUCGUUGAAGAUCUCAAGAGUCAUCCUCGGCUGCAUGACAUUCGGCAAUCCCGCAUGGGAAGGAAGUCCCUGGGUCCUCCCAGAAGAAAAAGCCCUGCCUUUACUAAAGAAGGCGUACGACUGCGGCAUCAACACCUGGGACACAGCGAACACCUACUCGAACGGCCAGUCCGAGGUGCUCAUCGGCAAGGCGCUGCGUGAAUACUCCAUCCCCCGGGAACGCGUCGUCAUCAUGACGAAGCUCUACUACCCCGUCAUGGAGGAUCCCAAUGCGCGCCCGAAUCCGGCGCUCAACGACGGGGAUCUCGUGAACCAGAUGGGGCUCAGCCGGAAGCACAUUUUCGCUGCUGUGCACGCCAGCCUGGAGCGGUUGGGGACGAGCUAUAUCGAUGUCCUGCAGCUCCAUCGCGUCGAUGAGUCCGUGCGCCGCAAUCCGGAGGAGGUCAUGAGAGCCCUGCACGACCUUGUUGCCAUGGGCAAAGUGCACUACCUCGGCGCGUCGAGCAUGCACUGCUGGCAACUUGCGCGGCUGCAUUACGCGGCCAAGUUGAAUCGCUGGACUGGGUUCACGAGCAUGCAGAAUCUGUGGAAUCUGUUGUACCGUGAGGAGGAGAGGGAUGUGAAUCCGUUUUGCGACGUUGAGGGCAUCGGGCUUAUUCCUUGGAGUCCGCUGGCCAGGGGAUUGCUUGCCCGACCGGCGGAUGUCCAGACCGAGCGGUCGAGGAAGGAUGUUAAGGCGGCGAGGUGGUUUGCGGGAGAUCAGGAUGGGAGGAUUAUUGGAGUUGUGGAGGAGAUUGCACGGGCUAAAGGGUGUUCUAUGAGUGCGGUUGCUGUGGCGUGGCUUCUGCAUAAGGGGGCGUGUCCGAUAGUGGGAUUGAAUAGUGUAGAGAGGAUUGAGGCGGCGACGGAGGCGUUGGGGAUAAAGCUGACGGACGAGGAGGUGCGGUUGUUGGAGGAGCAUUAUCGGCCCUUGGAUGUGCAGGCUAUGUAG